UGGUUUAUCCAGGAAGCUUGUUCCAGUGUUGGGGUAAAACAGAAAAUACCCUAAACAAACUGACAGUUAUUCUUUCUUUCUUUCAACUUCACGAGUGUUUUCUUUCACUCUCGUUUCCGGUCGUUUCCCCCGCGAGUAACUGACAUUUCACUGUGUCUGUUUCUGUUCAACCCGCUGAAUGUGACACGGAGCAGGUCGUUCUGAGCGUUAACAGACAAUUGUUUGGACCUAUUUCACCGACUCCUGCUCCUGCUCCUGCUGCUGCUCCUGCUCCUCCUGCUGCUGCUCCUGCUCCUCCUGCUGCUCCUGCUCCUGCUCUGAGGGGAAACCAUGUCUGACUUCAUCCUGGUGCUGCUCAUCGUCUUCCUCCUCCUGUGUUUGGUGGCGACGGUGGGGGGUGCCCUUCUGUUCUCGGGGCUCCUGUCAGACGUGGUCGUAAAGACGGGGCCACCUCCGAUCCGGAACGUCACCAUCGCUUAUAAGUUCAAAGAGGGGCCAUACAAAGACUGCGGGGCCGCCUACACAGAGAGCUGCAGCAUCGGCCCAAAGCUGAGCUCCAUCGGCGUCUUCUACGAUGACCCCAAGCAGAGGCCACCAGAGAAAUGCCGCUACUUGGUGGGCAGUGUCCUGUGUGAGGGAGAGGAGAAGCUCGACGAAGAGCUGCAGAGGAUGUACGAGGAGUUUGGCUUCAAGGUGUUUUCGCUGCCAGAAGUGAGCCACGCCGUGACCACCAGCUUCCCCUGCACUACGCCUCUGUCCCACGUGCUGGGACCUUACAGAGUCUACCCGAGGCUUGCUUCUUAUAUUGAGGAGAGGAAGCUCUGUGCGUUCCCAUUUAUUGAAAUCUACAGCGACGAUGUCAUCAACUAUAUGGUGCCGCUGUCCCGCCAGACGGACUUUUUUGUUCCGGAGAUGAAGGAAGAGGUCAAAACAGACGUGAAAGAAGAGGACUCUGACGAGGACAGAGGAACUGACAUAACAGGUGCAGAUUCCCACAGUGACGUGAGCUCGGUGAGUGGCGGCGUACCGUGGGACAGCAGAGAGACUUCCCUGGCCGCGUCCACAGCCGCCUCCCUGGCCUCCUCUCUGCCUCUGAGGGACGUCAUGGACGCAAACGAAGACGUCAGGCACAGGGACCACAGUGACAGAGACUCAAACGAGUCCGUGGGCAGCGGCUCGUCUUUUGAAGAACUUGACAUGGACCAGGACGAGCAGGGGGUGCAGGAGGUGCAGGGGGUGCAGGGGGUGCAGGAGGUGCAGGGGAUGCAGGAGGUGCAGGGGGUGCAGGAGGUGGGAGAAGAGAGGGAGGUCAGGGAGGACGGGCGGGAGCGGGCGACCCCCGAGGGCGAAGAUGGAGCUGGAGAAGCAGUUGAACUGAUGGCUGAAAGAGACGAGUCCAUGGGGGAUGGAGAGGAGUAA